GAAGAACCCUACGAUGUUGCUGUUGUGGGGCUCGGAGUGGGGGGCCAUGCUGCUUGUUUGCAUGCAAAGUCUUUGGGGCUUCGCGUAGCAGCAAUUAGUGGAGGUGACCCUGGGGGCACUUGUGUGAACAGGGGCUGCGUCCCCAGCAAGGCUUUGCUGGCAGCAGCAAGAAGGGCCCGCCUGCUGCAGCAGCAGCAGCAGCUGCAGCAAAUGGGUCUCCACCUCGACCCUGCUGCUGUCCGCUUCGACCCCCAGCAGACCGGCCAGUACGCCCUCGGAGUCGCAGCCAAGGUGCGAGGGGGGCUGCUGGGAUCGUUGGGAUCGCACGGGAUCCCGGUGAUCGACGCCAUCGCUCGCGUGGGGUCUGGAGGAGUUUUGGAGUUGGAUCCCACGGCCUCCUCGCCGCCCCACACGCCCCGCAAGUUGCAUGCAAAGAACAUAAUCCUGGCCCCGGGAUCGGUUCCCUUCGUGCCCCCCGGCGUCGACCUGCAGCAGCAGCAGCAGCAGCAGCAGCAGCAGCAGCAGCAGCAGAUCAUGACCAGCGACACCGCCGUGGGCCUCCCCCUCAUGCCUUCCUUCCUGGCCAUUAUUGGCGCCGGCUAUAUAGGCCUUGAGUUUGCAGAAGUCUUCGGGGCCUUGGGAUCGGAGGUGACUCUCAUUGAGGCUGGGGAUCGUCUCCUCCCGGGGAUCGAUCCCACCAUCGCUCGCGCAGCAGAGCGCCUGCUGCUGCACAAGGACCCCCAGCGGCCCACGCGGCUGCUCACCGGCACUUUGGCCGCCUCUGGCCUGGGUCUUGAGGAGUUGGGAGUAACAUUGAAGCGGGGGGGCUUUGUGCCGGUGGACGCAUGCAUGCGUGUUGUGCGUGUGGAGCUGGCGCAUGCAGCAGCAGCACAAGCUGUGACUGCUGUGGAGGCGAUUGCGGGGCGCUUUGUGCCUUUCAAUGCCCGCGAAGUUCCCGCGGCCUGCUUCACGGACCCGGAGAUUGCCUUCGUCGCGGACGCAGGCAGCUGCGUGCAUGCACGCAGGCAGCUGCAGGCGGCUGCAGGCAGCUGCAUGCAUGCACGCAGGCAGGCGGAGGCGCGGCAGCUGGGGCAGCUGUGGGGCUUCCGCGUGGGGGCCUGCGAGAGCAGCUUCCGCGCGAACUCCAAGGCCCUCGCCGAGGCCGAGCCCGAGGGCCUCCUGAAGGCCCUCUGGCGCGAAGACACGGGGCUGCUGCUGGGCUGCCACGCCGUGGGGCCCCACGCGGCGGAGCUGCUGCAGCAGUGCGCGAACGCGAUGGCCGCGGGCGCCUCUGUGGGGAAAUUGGCCCAAACGCCCCACACCCACCCCACCCUCAGCGAGGCCCUCCUCGCCCUCUGGAAGCAGGCCGCCGGGCUGCUGCCCCACUGA